UUAAACAAGCAAACGGACACAAAACCAGGAUGUCCUCUAUUCUCCAUUCUGCCGCGUCCCUGUGUUUCCUUUGCCUCUGAAGUUACUCCAAAACUCCUCCUCCGAGACCAAAGUCCGCUCAAAGUCCACAAACCCAGGACCAAAACAGGACCGAAAACUAGAGCCAUGGGCGCGUUAGAAACAGCAGACAAACCUGCACCGGCCACUCCGCUUAAACCCAAAAAGACGAAGAAGACCUCCAAAGACGUCCACUUCUGCGCGCUGCCCGAUAAGUACGAACCUCUGGAGGAGGAACACGAUGAAGAGGAGGUGAUGGAGGAGGCGGAGGAGAGACGGAAGAGGAAGGAGGAGAAGAAACGGAAGAAGAAGAUCAGAUACAAGAAGUACAGGAAGAACGUGGGUAAAGCUCUGAGGUUCAGUUGGCGCUGUCUAGUCGCUGGAUUACAGAGUUUGGUUCCUGUUUAUAUGGCACCGGCGGCUGCUGCAGUUUCCAUCGUCACCACAGUCAACACGGGACCCACACCGCGAUGACGGGAGCGAGAAUGUGCACUAUGUAAAAUUCACCACCAGUUUAGUAGCUGUUAUAAUGCGAAAGUUUUGUUUGUUUGUUUUGAAAUGUCAUGUUCAAGUUAUAGGAUUUGAAAAUGUUAUGUUUUCAGAUGAAGGGUUUUCAUUCUAUAGACAAAUAUUAUUUAAUCCAGAUGGGGGCAGCUCAAAUGAAUAUUAGGGCUGGGGAUCAUUCAUCACAUACCACGAUUAGGGAUGUAACAAUAACCAAAAUACCGUGAUAUCGUAUCGUCAAAGUUCACACAAUAAUAUCGUGGUUAAUUUCACUUGACAAGUAAAACUAUCUCCCAAUGGAACGACACUUUUUGCACUUAAAAUCGUAAAUUACAUCUUGCUUCACUUAAAGUAAGAAAAACAACAACUAUUUGCACUUAAAAAAAGAAACAAAAUCAAACGUUGCUUGAAUUAAGAAAGACACACUUAUUCCAUUGGUGGAUAAUUUUACUUGUCAAGUUGAAUAAACUCUAAUAAAGUCAAAUGUUGUUAAUUUAAGUCAUUUUAAUUUAACUAGAUAUUGUUUUUUGUAGUGUAGUUGUUGUCGAAUAGGAUUUGGAAUGAUAUUAUAGCAAUGAAAGUUUAAGAGUAAGUGGGUAAAUGGGUGCUUGGUAGGAGGUUGAAGUUUUAAGAAGGUUGGUGGGUGGAAGCAAAAAAAUAAAAAUAAAUAAAUAACAAUAAUAAUAGAAACGAUCAGGUCCAAUAUUUGUGCGUUUACCUUUUCGAUAUUUUAUGGCACAGAACAAAGUAACGGGGAAAACUAACUGUCGCCCUCCAUCUCAGACUAUGACAUUAUCACAUUCUGAAAUCUGAAAAACACCAAUAAACUCUGUGGGAAAUUUGGUGUUGAAAGAAAUCUCCAAACUUAUGAUUCACAAAUGUCAAAUCAAACUUCUCAUAAUUAUUUGUUUACGAUCAGCUCCACAAACUUGUCUGUUCAGCUGACUACAAUCACGUCUUUGCGUUUGAAUAAUGGCACCGCUUUCUGAAGCUAUUGUGAAAAAAAAUAAUUCCAGACGCAGAGAAGACGCUGAACCUUGUGCCAGUUUUUGUUUCAUGUGGAUAGGCCCAGUAAAUACACAGAUAAGAACCAUAAAACACCACCAUAAAGUUCUGACCUGUCUCUGGCUCAGGUUAAACCACAGGGAUUUUUACAACGUCGUGAACUCACGUGGACGCAGUUUACUAAUAUUUCAUGAUUGUGAUUGUGAUGCUUUGGAAUGUUUUAUUUAUUUGCUAUGUAAAGAAGGAAUGGAGAACUGAAAUGAACCAGAACUGAACCAAGGGUGGACGAUAUUAACAAAAAUAAAUGAAUUUUGCAAUGUUUUUGUCAAUGUCAGUGUUUGUGCAGAAGAUUUUAUGGAUAAGUUUGAACUUGUAAACUGUAAAAUAACAAAAAAUAUAACCUAAUACUGUACUCUUAAUUUGGCUUGCUUUAUUUUUAAAUGUCCUCU